AUUUGAUCAUCAAUUCCAUUGGCUCUACGUUGAUUGGGUGUCAUUGUCGGCUGUUUCCGUUUCACGGUGUGCUCUGAGAACAGACUGAGGAGAAUGGCUGCCAGUGGAGGCAAGCUGUUUCAAGUACAGAAUGGGAGUCCGUCAAGCACAAACUACAAUGGGGUAUAUGCUGUUCAUGCCUGUAACAUCCUCCAGCAGCUCAAAGUCUUGUAUGAUGAAGCACAGCUCACAGAUAUUGUUGUUGAAGUGGACCAUGGCAAGACAUUCUCGUGUCACCGAAAUGUCCUUGCAGCAAUCAGCCCUUACUUUAGGUCCAUGUUCACCAGUGGCCUUACAGAAAGCAGCCAAAGUGAGGUGCGGCUCGUCGGGGUGGAGUCUGAGUCCAUGCACCUUGUCCUGGACUAUGCCUACACGUCCAGAGUCACACUGUCAGAGUCCAACAUCCAGGCCCUGUUCACGGCAGCCAGCAUCUUCCAGAUCCCAGCCCUGCAGGACCAGUGUGCCCUGUUCAUGAUCAGUCGUCUGGACCCCCAGAACUGCACCGGGGUCUACAUGUUCGCCGACGCCUACAGCCACCAGUUGCUGAGGGAGCGCUCCCAGGACUACAUACGCAAGAAGUUCCUGUGUGUGGCGCGGGAGCAGGAGUUCCUCCAGCUCACCAAAGAGCAGCUGGUGAGCAUCCUGAACAACGAUGACCUGAACGUGGAGAAGGAGGAGCACGUGUAUGAGAGCAUUGUGCGCUGGCUGGAGCACGACCGCUCCCGCAGGGAGGCCCACCUGGCUGAAGUGUUCUCUCAAUGCAUCCGCCUGCCACUCCUGGAUAACUCCUUCCUCAGCCGCAUCCCACCCCCCUUUGCCUGCGCCCUCUCCAGAGACUCUGCCAUGGCCGGUCUCAACGGCACCAACGGAUGCCCCCAGCGCUUGGGCAUGACCGCCUCUGAGAUGGUCAUCUGUUUUGAUGCGGAACACAAACACUCAGGGAAGAAGCAGACUGUGCCUUGCCUGGAUACCACUGCUGGGAAGGUUUUCAAGCUCUGCAAGCCCCCCAAUGACCUGCGGGAGGUGGGCAUCCUGGUGUCAUCAGAGAACGACAUCUUCAUCGCCGGGGGCUACCGCCCUAGCAACAAUGAGGUGUGCAUCGACCACCGUGCGGAGAGUGACUUCUGGCAGUACGAGCACGCAGGGAACCGUUGGCUGUGGCGUUCGCCCAUGCUGCGGGCCCGGAUCAGCUGCAGGCUGGUCCACUGCUGCGGGAAGCUGUAUGCCCUCGGGGGCCGUGUGUAUGAGGGUGAUGGGAGGAAUGCACUGAAGUCAGUGGAGUGUUACGAUGCCAGAGACAACUACUGGACCGCCGUCAGCCCCAUGCCUGUAGCCAUGGAGUUCCACAGUGCUGUGGAGUACAGAGACCGCAUCUACAUCCUCCAAGGUGAAUACUUCUUCUGUUUUGACCCUCGCAAGAACUACUGGGGCCACCUGGCCCCCAUGAGAGUCCCCCGGAGCCAGGGCCUGGCUGCCUUACACAAUAACUGCAUCUACUACAUUGCUGGCAUCUGCAGGAACCACCAGCGCACCUUCACCAUGGAGGUCUACGACAUCGAGCAGAACACCUGGGCCCGCAAGAGAGACCUUCCGUUCGACCAGGCCACCAGCCCCUACAUCAAGGCCCUGCUCCUCCAGGGCAAGCUGCAGCUGUUUGUCCGCGCCACACAGGUCAUGGUGGAGGAACAUGUGUUCCGUACCAGCAGGAAGAACUCCCUCUACCAGUACGACGACGAGGCGGACACAUGGACCAAAGUCUACGAGACGCCCGACCGCCUCUGGGACCUUGGUCGCCAUUUUGAGUGUGUAGUGGCCAAACUGUACCCACAGUGUCUUCAGAAAGUUCUCUGAGAGGGCCGUAGGUGACAGGUUCCCUCCUCCACGAAGAGGGAGUGUGCGUUGUCCUGCGUGCCUGGUACUGUCCUGUGUUUGCACCACAAGGACUGUUGAGUGUAGUCUUAAAGCGUUCAUGGUUCAACACGAUCAAAUUGGUGUGGUUUUAAAAGAGAGCAGAAUUUUUUUUUUUUUUUCUCCAGUCGUAACCAAAUACCCAUACUGAUACUUGUUUUACAGUAUAGUACAAUGAAUCAUAAGUGCAAUUAUCUUCUUGCCAUUUUGUUCCAUUUUAUUGUGUGGACCCCUGGAAGAGUAGCUGCGGCUUUCGCAAAACAACUAAUUGGGAUCCUAAUAAAAUACCAUUCUUAAAAGGAUAUAUAGGUUAGAAUUUUUACAAUUGAUAUGCAUGCAGUUGCGGGAUCAAUAUGAAGUGCCCUCUUAUUGUCAUGUCAGCAUGAAGUGAGAAUUAUUAAUAAUUUUAGUCUUUAUUCAUACGGGUAAGAUGGGCGGUGAUGCUCAGAUUGAUGGGGUUUUGUCUUUGACUGCUCAUUGCGCCCUACAGCAAGCUCGUCUUUGAAAGUGUUUAUUAGUUGUGUGUGUGCUAGUGAUUUAGGUUUAUUUCAAUCGGUGGUAGGAGGCAGGUAUGUUAUUUUGUGAAAUGCAUACUUUGCUUUUAAGAGAAGACCUUCGCUGUGUCAACCAAUGUGCUGUUUGGCUUUGUUGUAGUUGGAUUAAUAAUUUUUGCAUUCGUAGAUUAACUUCACACUCGCAGCUGACAUCCAUAUUGUUGUAACAAGUGUCACAUGCCAAGACAACUCUAAGUUAGACUAUUCACUCUCCACAUUGGAGAAACAAGCAUGGCGUCAGGUGUGUGUGGCUUAAGUGAGACAUUUUGAACCAUGCAACAGUUUGCUUUGGUAGCAACUCAGCAGUCAGGUAAGGAGCGAAGGUACGUGGUUCAGUCAGAUUCAUUGAUUUGUCCAAAGUGUGGGCAGCUUGCUGCAGCAGUGUUUUCUGUGGAUAUACAUUUUUUUCAGCAUGUCUAUUGAUUAGAAGCUUUAGAAGUGUUUGGAAUAACCUACCUCUUAAAUGCCAAAAUGCAUUUCAGAACUUGGUUCAUCUGAAAAGUGGAUAAAGUUUCUAGUAGCAAUAACUAAGGAAACGUUGAUACAAUUAGGUUUACCCUUGUGGAAGUGCAUUCACUUUUCAAGCUUAAUUUGUGUACUUUAGGUGAAACCGCUCAAUAUUGGCUGUGUGGCUGGCUGAUGUACAGUAGUUUGAGGAGAGAAAUGGAGAUUGUUGGUGUGUAACUUGGCGCAGAUCCCAAUGGCUGUCAUUGUGCCUGUGGGUGGGUGCAUCGGAUAGUAGUCCUGUGUGUUUAGCCUGGCGAGGCAGUGUCUCAAGUCUUACUCAUCAUUGCACUGAAUCACUCUCCAAUAGUCAGUCACUGCAAACUUUACCAAGCACUGUCCUGGACAGAACUACCAGUGUUGGGCACAACUUUACAUCCUUUACACAUGAAACUAUCUGUACAUGCAAUCACAUGGAGGAAAAACAAGAGAACUUGGCCCUGCUUUUUUGACAGUCUUGUAUGUAAUAAUUGGGGUAACACAGCCAUUGAGUGACGGUUCCCUAUGAACUGCAACAUUUAAUGAUGUCAAUAAUUUCCUCAUGCAGGUUGCUGUGUCAUCUUUGCACUACAUAUGAUUUUCUCGUUAAACUUUCCCUAAAAUCAAUCAACAACAAAGCAAUCUUGGGAUAUACAGUUCUGCCUGCAAAGAAUUUGAAAUGGGGUAAAAAAUAUGAAAACCCACAUUCUAGGUGUGGAGGUGACAUGAUACACUUUUGUAAAGAAAAGGAUUGCAGAUCAUUUGGUGCUUGUUUUGAUCUGGUCAGAGCAAUGCCCUCCUGAAGCCCUCACAGGUGAAAGGGGGUUUGCCCGAAUGCCUAAACUCAGUCACUUGGGAACCAGGAAUGGACAACUCUCAGGAUUUCUAUUGAUACAGAGUACUGUAUUUAAAUGUCUUGUGUAAUAUACUGAACUAUACGUUUGCUGUACUUGCACAGUUUUUACAAACUUUUUUUUUCCUUUUGUAACUUAAAAUAGAUGUGAUUUAAUUUCAAUGGCUGUAUUUCUAUUUUCUAUAUUUAGUUAUGGUGGUGAUUAUGUUCUGUAUCCCACACAUGGAUAUCGGCACAUUAUUUGAUUUUCUUGUUUUAGUUUAACAACUUCUCAGUAAGCAUUACAUAUGUAACUUCAAUUUUGAGUUAAUCUCCAACAUGAUGCAAAGCUUACAAUGAAUCAGCCAAUCGAUGUGCUUUCUGUGCAACAGCCGUAGUUGGCCUUGUGCAGCCAUAUCAAAGCUCAUUGAAGACCUGUACGUAAGCAUUGUCCACAGAUGGCAACUAGCAGUGGACUCUUCCUGUAUUUAUUUUUGUUUGGUUUGUCUUUGUAGGGUUUGGGGGGGAUUGGUGGUUGAGCUCAACUGUGAAAUUCACAUUGCACAUAUUUUGAGAAUAAAAUUUGAUAACCUA